CUCAACCAACAACUCGAAGAAGAGAAAGACACCAGGAAGUUGCCUGACAAAAAUCAAUUCGAUCAAGUUUUAACGUAUCGCUAUUAUAUUUUUAGGAGCUCCUAAAACACGUUUAACACACAAGCAGCGUCGACUUUUGUUUUUGUCGUGUAGUACUUUAGCGUGGCCGCUGCUAAGACGUCCGAAUUGGCGAACCGAGUGCUAACUGUUGGUUGGCUGCUGUGUGUACAUUUUGCUCCUACUCUUCCAAAUGUCGGUUAAAGAUAUGCCUGCUAAUGUUUGAAAUCUCCGUCUAAACAGGCGGUUAAUGUCAUUAGACUGAAAAUGUCGUAAUAAUGACACCGAACAGCGUUUUCGCCUUUCACUCGACCACACGUUUAUAUAUUACUCGUGUGAGCUACUUGGUUAGCCACGUCAACCGCUUCUGAUUGGUGUUGGCGUCGCAACUGCUAACAGCUAACACGCCUGUCAACUGCAGGGGGUGGACGCUCCAUUACUAAAAAAGCGACAAGUCAAAUACUUAAAUAAAGCACGGACGAACUCAACUUUGCAAGGCAAAAUGCUAUAGCUGGACGGACGUGGGGCUUGUGACAGAGGAUGAAUCGAGUCGUCUGGCUGAUACCAGGAUUAAACAGAAGAAUGGUGAAGCUAGUUGUAACCCUCGUUUUGAUUGCCUACAUUGCCUCUUUUUGGGUAACAUACGCAAACAUGAGAACAAUCAAACAACCUGGCGAGGUGCAGAUUGAGCAGAAGAUUGAAGAAGCUUUGACUCCACUCCGUGAACAGAUACAUGAUUUGGAGCAGAGCUUUUCUGAAAAGUACCCACCCGUCAAAUUUCUGUCAGAGAAGGAUCGCAAGAGGAUUCUGAUUACUGGUGGUGCGGGUUUCGUGGGGUCCCACCUCACUGACAAGCUAAUGAUGGAUGGCCAUGAAGUGACUGUAGUGGACAAUUUCUUUACUGGGAGAAAAAGGAAUGUGGAGCACUGGCUUGGCCAUGAAAACUUUGAGCUCAUCAAUCAUGAUGUGGUGGAGCCACUCUACAUUGAGGUGGAUCAGAUCUACCACCUGGCCUCUCCAGCCUCUCCCCCCAAUUACAUGUACAACCCCAUCAAAACCAUCAAGACCAACACCAUCGGUACUCUCAACAUGCUUGGUUUGGCCAAACGAGUGGGCGCCAGACUUCUCUUGGCUUCUACCUCGGAGGUUUAUGGAGAUCCUGAAGUCCACCCCCAAAAUGAAGAGUAUUGGGGCCACGUAAACCCCAUCGGUCCUCGAGCGUGCUACGACGAAGGGAAACGUGUUGCCGAGACCAUGUGUUACGCCUACAUGAAGCAGGAAGGAGUGGAGGUCCGAGUGGCGAGAAUCUUCAACACGUUUGGCUCUCGAAUGCACAUGAACGAUGGGAGAGUUGUGAGUAAUUUCAUCCUGCAGGCUCUCCAGGGAGAACAACUCACGGUUUAUGGCACUGGUUCCCAAACAAGAGCCUUUCAGUAUGUAAGCGACCUGGUUAACGGCCUGGUGUUGUUGAUGAACAGUAACAUCAGCAGUCCGGUCAAUCUGGGCAACCCUGAGGAACACACCAUACUGGAGUUUGCUCAACUCAUCAAAAGUCUAGUCGCGAGCAAAAGUCACAUUCAGUUCCUCCCUGAGGCCCAGGAUGACCCACAGAGGCGGAAGCCCGACAUCCAAAAAGCCAAGAUGAUGCUGGGCUGGGAACCAGUGGUGCCGCUGGAGGAGGGUCUGAAGAAAACAAUCCAGUACUUCAGCAGAGAACUCGAGCACCAGGCCAACAACCAGUACAUCCCUAAACCCAAAGCGGCCCGUAUGAAGAAAGGCCGACCCAGACACAUUUGAGCAGGACCUGCGUUCCUUUCUGAAGCGUGUGCAGAGGUGCAUUCCUGGAUAUUUAUUGCGAGAAGACUUUUGAUUGUUGCCUUGAGAAGGAGUUGCAAGUUGCACUGUGAGGCCCGCCUCGCCUGAGCUUUUUAGGUUGGACAAGCCAGUUAUUUAAAACACAGCCUCCUGCAUCUUUGGUUUUCAUUUGUCUAUACUUUUUUCUGUGUCGAUUUGUGCUUAAGCUAUAUAAAACGCUCAGUGCUUUUAGUGCUUCUUUUUUCUGUUUUUCUUUUUAAAUUUAUAAAAGACAAUUCAUUCUCUUGUGAAAAGAUUGUUACUGCGACACUGUGCUUCACUUUGCGAAACAUUGUGCGUCGGGAUGUGCAUUAUUCAUAUCAGGUGGCGAUGGGUAUUUUAAUUAAAUAUUUACAACAACUCACGGCGGUACGAGAACACGUGGCACAAUCAUGUUCUUAAAUUUCUCUGACCGCUGAACUUUUUGUUUUACAUGGGCUUUACGUAAGACCUUUUUCACAGGCUGCAUAUUCGUAUUGAAGCAUAAUGAUAUGCAUAAACACAACUUAAUGCAAAA